AUGGAAGCACUACACAUAGCCAGCAAAGAUGGCUCAAACGUCAAGGUAUCAGGCAAUGAUGCCGGUUCGCCAAAGAUCUUCGACGAGGGCGUCAGCAAUGUGCCCGCGAAAUACAGAGGAACAGAUGCGGACAAAAGAGAUAUGACAAACUUGGGCAAGAAGCAGGUGCUUCGCGUGAGUAUUCGUUCGCAAGGCAAGCGCGACAAAGCUAAUGUCGUCGCAGCGGAACUUCAGCUUCAUAACCAUGCUCGGAUUUGCUUGCACCUGCGUGGCCAGCUGGGAAGAUACCUGUACUUCCCUCUCAUUGACGGAGGAACACCUCUGUACUUCUGGGGUUUCUUGGGGUGCGUACUUUGCCAGACUCUGGUCUACGCCAGUCUGUCGGAAAUGGCCUCGAUGUCACCCACAGCAGGCGGGCAAUAUCACUGGGUUUCCGAAUUCGCACCACCUCGCUAUCAGAAAGUGCUCAGCUACUACUCCGGAUGGCUCACAGCUAUCGGCUGGCAGGUCUACCUUGCCAGCGUGUGCUACCUCGUUGGCACACUCAUCCAAGGAAUGAUUGUACUCAACAACCCCGACUACGUCUUCGAGCGGUGGCACGGUACCCUUUUGACAAUCGCUAUCGUCUUGUUCACGAUCACCUUCAACACCGCGCUUGCAAAUCGGCUGCCUAUUAUUGAGGGCAUGAUUCUGAUUCUGCACAUCCUUGGAUUUUUCGCCGUCAUCAUUCCUCUCUGGGUCAUGGCCCCACGGCGAUCAACCGACGACGCUCUAUUCAAUUUCGUAAAUGCAGGAGGUUGGUCAAGUACAGGUCUCUCGGCCAUGAUUGGGUUGCUGGCUCCUAUGUCAGUUCUGGUCGGUUACGAUUGCGCCGUACACAUGGGUGAGGAAAUCAAAGACGCUUCCAUCACUCUUCCACGCGCCAUCAUGGGCUCGUUGGUGGUCAAUUCGACCCUCAGUCUCAUCGUCAUUGUCACGAUCUGUUACUGCCUGGGCGACGCAGAGACUGUCGCAGCCUCGGCCACAGGCUAUCCAUUCAUUGAGAUGAUCUUUCAGGGCACCCGAUCGACUGGCGGGACAACAGUCAUGGUUGCGAUCGUCACGAUCAUGCUUGCAGCUUGCGGCGUCACGGAAGUUGCAGCUGCAUCGCGACAGAUCUGGCUUUUGCCCGUGAUCAAGGAUUGCCCGGCCACCGUUGGCUCAGCCGCUCUGGUCAACCUCGGUUCCGCUGUGGCUCUGAACGCAAUCACGUCGCUGGGCGCCGUUGCUGUGCUUCUCUCAUAUUUCCUGACCAUCGGAACUUUGAUCCACCGCAGGCUCAGGGGUCCACCAUUGCCACCGAGACGAUGGUCCCUGGGCAAAUUUGGCCUGGCUAUCAACAUUGGUGCACUAGCCUGCCUUGCGCCAAUCAUCUUCUUCUUGACCUGGCCACUAGCCACACCAGUCACACCAGCCUACAUGAAUUGGUCAACGACAAUGCUUGGCGGCACGUUGUUGAUUGCCACCAUCUACUACUUUGCGAAGGCUCGGAAGGAGUACGUUGGGCCAUCAGUGUUCAUCAAACGCGAGAUGUAA